AUGGCAAUCCCGGUGAAGAUCAAAGCGCCGGUGGUGAGCCAAAACCUCUACUUUGUAGGGAUGAGGUACACCACCGCCAGUUUCGUCGCCGCCCUGUCAAACGCGGUUCAUGCUGUGGCGUUUGUGAUGGCCUGGAUUUUUAGGCUGGAGAUACUCAACUUGAGGUGCGUGCGGAGCCACGCGAAGAUCAUGGUCACCGCUAUUACGAUCGGAGGGGCGGUCAUUAUGGCGCUCGUCCAUGGCCCCGUGCUCAGCUUCCCAUGGACACACCGAGGAGGCGUGACACCCUCGCAUAACCAUGACGUUCAGCAGACCAUCAAGGGAGCCGCAUUAAUCAUGGCAGAAUGCUUUAGCUGGUUAUCCUUCAUGAUUAUCCACGCUGUCACGCUUAAAUCGUAUCCCGCAGAGUUAUCUCUCACUGUCUGGAUCUGCAUCUUAGGAGCAUUUGAAGGAGCAAUAUAG